AUGCAAUCUAUCUAUCUAUCUAUCUAUCUAUCUAUCUAUCUAUCUAUCUAUCUAUCUCAGUCUGUUCCUUCUAUCUAUCUAUCUAUCUAUCUAUCUAUCUAUCUAUCUAUCUUAGCCUACACACGCAAUAAAAAAGUGAAGGGUGGGAAAGAGGAUAAGCGUCUCACUCGCACUCCCCCACACAAAGAUAUCUAUCUAUCUAUCUAUCUAUCUAUCUAUCUAUCUAUCUAUCUAUCUAUCUAUCUAGCCUCAGCAACAAACCUCUAUGCUCAACUUGAUUGUUGUUUAUUGUCUCUCUUUCUCUUAACCCCUCAUUCUGUUAAUAUCUAUCUAUCUAUCUAUCUAUCUAUCUAUCUAUCUAUCUCAGUCUGUUUGUCUCUCUUCAUUCAUCUCAGCCUAUCUACAUCUAUCGCUGUAAAAGAGAAUCAUAUUCCCAGUGAUCUAUCUAUCUAUCUAUCUAUCUAUCUAUCUAUCUAUCUAUCUAUCUAUCUAUCUAUGCCAGUACCUUAUGUAUCUAUCUAUGUAUCUAUCUAUCUAUUACAGUGCCUUAUCUAUCUAUCUAUCUAUCUAUCUAUCUAUCUAUCUAUCUAUCUAUCACGCCUCAUCAUGGAGUAA